UCUGGCCUCUUCAGGUCUGACCCACGACGGACAUGGCGACCAGCGCGGUCCCCAGCGACAACCUGCCCACGUACAAGCUGGUGGUGGUGGGGGAUGGGGGCGUGGGCAAGAGUGCCCUCACCAUCCAGUUCUUCCAGAAGAUCUUCGUGCCUGACUAUGACCCCACCAUAGAAGACUCCUACCUGAAGCACACAGAGAUUGACAAUCAGUGGGCCAUCCUGGACGUCCUGGACACGGCCGGCCAGGAGGAGUUCAGCGCCAUGCGGGAGCAGUACAUGCGCACUGGGGACGGCUUCCUCAUCGUCUUCUCCGUGACGGACAAGGCCAGCUUCGAGCACGUGGACCGCUUCCACCAGCUCAUCCUGCGUGUCAAGGACAGGAUUCCGUACAUAGAAACCAGUGCCAAAGACCCGCCCCUCAACGUGGACAAAGCCUUCCAUGACCUCGUUAGAGUCAUUAGGCAACAGAUUCCAGAAAAAAGCCAGAAGAAGAAGAAGAAAACGAAAUGGCGGGGAGACCGGGCCACUGGCACCCACAAACUGCAGUGCGUGAUCUUGUGACGGGCUUGAGGCCCUGGGCACAGUGAGCACGGCCGGCCGGCCCUCGGGACCCCUUCACUGCCUAACUGCACUGAAACCAUUUUUAACCACAACCCUCCUCAGCCCGAGGACCCGGCACGGGAAGGGAGAGAGGGAGGGUGGGCAGGGGCAGACAGGGCCUGGCUUUGCCCAGAGGGCACAGGCUUUCCCGGAUCUCCAGCGAGGCCAGGAAGCCGCCGACACAGAGCCACAUCCAGGCCCCCAUGUGUUGCUCCAACCCAGCUCCUCCCCGUCUCUCGGUGGCUGUGUUGUUUCUUUAACUGCGUAGUGUUGGUUCGACGUGGAAGUGCUCAUCCACAUACAAAGUACAAAACAAGCCAUGAACAAGCUUCCUCCCCUCGCCCCCAGUCCACAGUGUCUGAGCUUGGAUGUCUUUUGUAGAUCUUUAAAUUAUUUUAGUGGUUAUUUUAUUAAAGGGGUCUGGGCCCACUGCCUGGUGACCUCCCUGGUAA